AGCCGGACAGACGGUUGUAGUUUGACCUUCACAAGGUGACCGAUAUCGCUCCCGCAGUCAGACUGUGCGCGACAGCUGAUCGGUCGUGUGUUGUGUAAAAAGAAAGUAAACGUAAUCAUGAGCGUACAAUCGGACUCGGAGAAACGAAAGCAAAUAUCCGUCCGCGGAAUUGUUGCUGUAGAAAAUGUUACCGAAGUGAAGAAGGCAUUUAACCGGCAUGUGCAUUACACUCUUGUUAAAGACCGUAAUGUUGCGACACCAAGAGAUUACUACUUCGCCUUGGCUCACACUGUCAGAGAUCAUCUGGUUUCCCGGUGGAUUCGCACCCAACAAUACUACUAUGAAAAGGAUCCAAAACGAGUCUACUACCUGUCAUUGGAGUAUUAUAUGGGACGAUCCCUUCAGAAUACAAUGAUUAACCUGGGUAUUCAAGGAACGGUUGAUGAAGCUCUGUAUCAGAUUGGAUUGGAUAUUGAAGAACUAGAAGAGCUGGAAGAAGAUGCAGGACUGGGAAAUGGAGGUCUUGGCCGUUUAGCUGCAUGUUUCCUUGACUCAAUGGCUACACUUGGCCUAGCAGCCUAUGGAUAUGGUAUAAGGUAUGAGUAUGGUAUUUUUGCGCAAAAGAUUGAGAACGGAGAACAGCAUGAAGAACCUGAUGAUUGGCUGAGGUAUGGAAACCCAUGGGAGAAGGCCAGACCAGAGUUUAUGAUUCCUGUUAAUUUCUAUGGGCGGGUUGCUGAUACUCCUCAAGGCAAGAAGUGGGUAGACACGCAGAUCGUGUUAGCGAUGCCGUAUGACAACCCGAUCCCGGGCUACAAUAACAAUGUCGUCAACACACUGCGGUUGUGGUCAGCCAAGAGCCCCGUAGACUUCAAUCUACGAUUCUUUAACUCCGGUGACUACAUUCAAGCCGUCCUAGAUCGUAACGUUGCAGAGAACAUUUCGCGUGUAUUGUACCCGAAUGACAACUUUUUUGAAGGAAAGGAACUCAGACUUCGUCAAGAGUAUUUCAUGUGCGCCGCAACUCUACAGGACAUUAUAAGGCGUUUCAAAGCUUCCAGAUUUGGUAGUCGUGAGGCUGUCAGAACUACAUUCGAAAGCCUUCCAGAAAAAGUCGCGAUCCAGCUGAAUGACACGCACCCGGCUUUAGCAAUUCCAGAGUUACUGCGCAUUUUAAUCGAUAUUGAGAAAGUUCCAUACGACGAGGCCUGGAAACUUGUCAACAAAUGUUGCGCCUACACCAACCAUACCGUUCUCCCAGAGGCUUUGGAGAGAUGGCCCUGCUCAAUGUUAGAAAACGUUCUCCCCAGACACAUGGAACUCAUAUAUCACAUUAACUUCCUGCACCUUAAAGAGGUCGAGAAACGCUGGCCUGGAGAUAUGGACCGCAUGCGUCGUAUGUCUCUCAUUGAAGAAGAAGGGGAAAAGAGAGUGAACAUGGCCAAUCUAUGUGUGGUCGGUUCACACGCUGUCAACGGUGUUGCCGCCAUACAUUCAGAUAUCCUAAAGGCAACCAUCUUCCGUGACUUCUACGAAAUGUGGCCAGAAAAAUUCCAAAACAAGACAAACGGAAUCACUCCACGGCGUUGGCUGUUGCUAUGCAACCCUGGCCUAUCUGAUCUGAUAUCUGAUAAGAUCGGCGACGAAUGGACAGUCCACCUCGACCAAUUGAAAGGCUUGAAGCGGUGGUCGAAGGACCCCGGUUUCCAGCGUGCAGUGAUGAAAGUAAAGCAAGAAAAUAAGCUGAAAUUAGCAUCUCUUAUCGAAAGAGAUACUGGUGUGAAAAUUAACCCAGCUUCGAUGUUUGACGUCCAAGUGAAACGUAUUCACGAGUACAAGAGGCAAUUGUUGAACAUUUUGCACGUGAUUACUAUCUACAAUCGUAUAAAGCGUGACCCCACUGCCCCAAUCGCCCCAAGAACAGUUAUGAUCGGUGGUAAAGCCGCACCAGGUUACUUCAUUGCUAAGCAAAUCAUCGCUCUGGCCUGCGCCGUAGGUGAUACUGUUAACAACGACCCCGAUGUAGGUGACAAGCUAAAGUUGAUCUUCUUGGAGAACUACCGAGUUACUCUGGCUGAGCGUAUAAUGCCGGCAGCCGAUCUGAGCGAACAGAUCUCGACCGCUGGUACUGAAGCCUCCGGAACCGGGAACAUGAAGUUCAUGCUUAAUGGAGCAUUGACUAUUGGCACUAUGGAUGGAGCUAAUGUGGAAAUGGCAGAGGAAGCUGGGGAACAGAACAUGUUCAUAUUCGGCAUGAGGGUGGACGAUGUUGAAGCUCUGCAGAAGCGAGGAUACAACGCAUACGAGUACUACGAGCGCAACCCAGAGCUACGCCAAUGUAUCGAACAGAUCCGCAGCGGUUUCUUCUCUCCUGGUGAACCUGGGAAGUUCCAGCAUGUAGCUGAUGUGCUACUCAAUCAUGACAGAUUCCUCCAUCUGGCAGAUUUUGAUGAAUACAUCAAGGCCCAGGAUAAAGUGUCCGCAGUUUAUCAGAAUCCAUCCAAAUGGGCGGAAAUGGUGAUCGAGAACAUCGCCUCGUCUGGCAAGUUUUCUUCGGAUCGCACCAUUGCCCAAUACGCAAGGGAAAUUUGGGGUGUUGAACCCACUUGGGAAAAACUGCCCGCCCCUCAUGAGGUUGCUUAAGAGAACCGUGGUCUGCUAAAAUACAAUCAGCUGGUUGGUUGUAUUUUUUAAUGUACUCAAAGUUAAGCGCAACUGUAGAUUUAGACGUUUAUAGCUAGUUUUUAUAAAAGUUAUAUUUAUUAAUUAAAGAUUUUAUCGAAUAUAUUCGAACACAACAACAAGUAUAUUUUGUAAUAGACACGAUGUGAAAGACUGCAAAAUCAAAUUUUUCCUUUACAGGUGCUUAAGUAUAGAAAUUUAUAUUUUUAUCCAAUUUUAUUACAAAUUAUAAAUAAUCAUAUAUUUAAGUUGAUUAAUCUCUUAAAUAAAAUUAUGUACUCGUAAAAUCAUAUAAAAUACUCUUUAAGAUGUCUUGUGGAUGUAUUUAAACUAUGGCAACAGGAUUCAGAGACAAUUAAGUGCUUAGGAUGAAGAUAUUAGAGUUGAGAAAUAAUAACUAAAGUGAUCUGAUUUGUGUUGAUAAAAAUAAAAUCCUUUUUGCUUAAUUAUUUGUGAAACUGUGUUAGUUAUCAAUUUAUCCAUAUCAGUUGUGUUUAUUAAAAAUUCGUAUUAUAAUAUGAUGAGAUUAAGCGUGUUUCAAAAAGUCGCUCUUCACUUCAUGUAGAUGUGCAAACUGUCAAAUAGAUGUCAAGUCUUAUCACCAUUGUGACACAUGCUAGAGUUCGCGAUUGUCUCUGAAUUUUAAACUUAUAAGAUCUAUUAGACAAAGUUUGUAGUAUAAAAUUAUUAAAUGUUUUUAAUAUAUUAAAAAUAUUCUAAAGCAUGCCCAGAGAAGGAAAAGCAGCUAUUCGUGUUCCUAAUUUGUGUUAAUUAAAAAUGUCGUGCCAUAUUCAUGAAAGUCAGAGUACAAAUAUUUUAAUACAAUAAAGUUUAUUUAUAAUUUAAAUGAUAAUGUAUCAGUAUGUUAUCCACUGCCGGAUUUUUAUAAUUUAUAUAGUUAUAAAUUACAUUUUGUUACUAUUUUUCAUCUAUAUUAAUAAAUUGUUUUCAAUAUUAGCA